GAUAAUACGACUGCGCGAUGCAACUCAAGAAGAAGAAGAAACAGGAAGUGGUUGUCAACACUGGUCGUACUUGACUUGUAAACUCAUAGAAAACCGAAUUAACUUGGUGUUUAUGUGUGAACUACCACACGAUAAGCCGGUUUAAUGAGCCUGUGUCACUGACAAACCGCCAGCAGCAGCGCUACGUUUGUUUCGAGUCGGAGCUGUCCAACAUGGCGGCUAUAGACGUGGAGGAUGAGAGUAUUCUGGCGUCGAUCUUUAAGGACAGCUUCCCGGACAGCUGGAGGGACAACCCGGACUUUGCGACCUACCUGUCCGAACUGAGCUCCUUCGGGGUGGAGAAGCUGAGCCGGGAACCGGAGCGGCUGGCGGAGGAGCGGGCUCAGAUCCUACAGCAGACCCGAGAGCUGGCCUUCUCCAACUACCAGACCUUCAUCCGCACCGCCGACUGCACCGAGCUCAUCUACCGGGACUUCGGCCGGGUGGAGAGCAGCGUGUCCCGGCUGCUGGACAAGCUGCCCAGUUUCGGGGAAAGAUGCAGGGGUUUUAUGAAGGAGGCGGAAGAGAUCGGAGCGAGUCGCCGGAUGAACAGCCUCACGCUGAAUCGUCACACUGAAAUCCUGGAGAUCCUGGAGAUCCCUCAGCUCAUGGACACGUGCGUCCGCAACGGCUACUACGAGGAGGCUCUGGAGCUGGCAGCGUACGUCAAGAGGCUGGAGAAGAAGCACUCUUCGCUCCCCGUCAUCCAGGGAAUCGUGCGUGAAGUGCGUCAGUCAACACAGCUGAUGCUCAACCAGUUGCUGCAGCAGCUGCGCAGCAACUCGCAGCUUCCUGUCUGCCUGCGUGUCAUUGGCUAUCUGCGGAGGAUGGAUGUGUUCACGGAGGCGGAGCUACGGGUGAAGUUCCUGCAGGCUCGCGGCACCUGGCUGCACUCCAUCCUCUCUGCCAUCUCUGAAGACGACCCCUACUUCCACAUCACCAAAACCAUUGAGGCCUGCAGAGUCCACCUGUUCGACAUCAUCACCCAGUACAGAGCCAUCUUCUCUGACGAGGACCCCCUGGUGCUCCCUGUAGCUGGGCAGGUGGCGGUGAACGAGGCCGCCAUCUUCCACGGUUGGGUGAUACAGAAGGUGGCUGAGUUCCUGGAGACUUUAGAGAGGGACUUGCAGCGGGGUGUGGGCGGCCGACUGGACUCCCUCCUGGGUCAGUGCAUGUACUUUGGCCUGUCCUUCAGCAGGGUGGGGGCAGACUUCCGUGGCCAGCUGGCGCCCAUGUUCCAACGGGUGGCAGCAGAGACGUUCUGCACAGCUGUGGAAGAGGCGGUGGACAAGUUCCAGGAGGACAUGAACCUGUACACACUCAUUGCCCUGCCCUCGGUGCUGGGGGGCACCAUCCCUCCCGUGGCCCCCAGUACCCAGGCUGGCACCCUGCAGCCCCCCAUGUCCCUGCUGGACUUCCAGCCGUUGGCCUGCUUCCUCAACAACAUCCUGACCGCCUUCAAUGACCUCCGGCUGUGCUGCCCCAUCGGUUUGGCUCAGGACGUCACCGGAUGUCUCGAAGACGCCCUCAAGAAGGUGACCCGUCAGAUUUUGGUGUUUCACCGCGCGGAGGAGUCGGCCUUCAGCAGCAGAGAGAAGGAGCUAUUUGUUCAGUUCUGCUCUUCGUAUGCUGACGACCUGCUGCCGUUCCUCAACCGCUGCCUGCAGGUCCUGUUUCCUCCGGCUCAGCUCGCUCUCAUUCUGGGUGUUCCUCCAACUCAGCUGCACAGGUACGGCAGUUUGGGCUGCAUCAACCUCUCCGCUGUCCUCCAGCCUCUGGACUUCCUGCUUCCACAGAGAGAGACAUUAGUGGCGUCAGCGCCGGAGCUCAACAUUACCAACGAACUGAGCAGCCUGACGCUUGAGACGCAGCUCAAAGAACCAGAAAUGGAUCCUGACAACGCGGUGGUGGCAGGACGUCCCGACGACUCCGAAGUGACAGAGCCAAGGACCGAGGAAGAAGAUGAUGGAGAGACAGUAGAGGACGGAGAAUUUUCUUUGGGUUAAUGCGGCACAAUACUGAAGUAGUGAGUGAGUUUUUUAUGUGUUGUGGAUUCACUGCUGAAUCUGAUGGGCAGCUUCAAGAAUCCCUCUGAACUCUAGGAACUGGUGAUGGAUAUAAAUUAAAACUAGUUAACUUCCUCUCCUUAUUUUGAAGGUUUAGGAUGACAGUAACAGAAAGCAGAUCAAACCGCAGCAGGCCUUACGACACGAAACAGCCCUGCGUUAACGAACAAGUCGUUCUGCAGCUCGUCAGUACAGACGGCUCACACGCUCCUGUUAACACUUAAUCAGCUGGUGGAUUAAAAGAAAACCUGCUACUGCUCUGA